AUGGACGGCGAUGACAACGUCCUCUGUGCGGAAUUCUCCGACGAUGGAAAACACAUCUUCUUUGUCUCGCUCGGAUCAUCAUGCUGCACUAUACAUGUGCGAGAUGCGGCGACUGGACAGCCGGCCCGUCGACCUGUGCGCUGUGAUACAGAUAGUGAUGUCUGCUCUGCCGCCUUCUCCUCAGCGCGAGACCUCAUAGUGGUGGGGUUGCAGGACUGCACGAUUCAGGUUUGGAACACCACCGCAGGGCAGCAUAUUCACACGCUCAGAGGGCAUAUGGCGCGGGUUCUAUCGGUUGCUUUCUCUCCUGACAGCAAGCAGAUUGUGUCAGGCUCGUCUUACAAGUCGGUCUGUGGUUGGGAUGUGCAGUCUGAGAAGUUCGUCCAUCCACCGACGGUCUGUAUUUGGGAUGUGCAGUCUGAGAAGCUCGUCCAUCCACCACUCCAGGGACAUACGGCCGGGGUCCGUUCCGUGGCUUUCUCGCCUGACUCUAACUGGGUGGUCUCAGGUUCAGAUGAUGGAAUGAUUUGCUUAUGGGAUACCACAACGGGAACACUCGUGCACGAGCCAUUGCGCGGCCGUCCAUACGGUAUAUCCUAUACCGUGCAGCUGUGGGAUCCCAACUCCGGCCAGCCUAUCGGGUCCCCUCUUCGGGGCCGCACUAGCAGUGUCACAGCGUUGGCGAUCUCCCCGGACGGCAAGUUCGUUGUAUCCGGUUCUCUAGACGGUGCCGUUUAUCUCUGGGACACAAAAAAACAGGCCCUUUGCACGACUUUCCAUGGUCACUCUGACGAGGUGAAUUCUGUAGCGUUCUCGGGAGACGGCCAGUACAUCGUCUCCGGAUCAUACGACAGGACUACUAUACACAUAUGGGACAUCUCCACCGGGGAGCGUUCACAGGAACCUCUCGAAGGUCACACUGAUGAGGUCACAUCCCUUGCCUUCUCACCAGAUGGGAAGCGCAUCGCAUCGGGCGCACGAGACCACACAAUACUCCUAUGGGACGUCGAGACAGGUCAGACUGUAUGCGCACCAUUGGAGGGGCACACCAAACCAGUAUAUUGCGUUGCCUUUUCGCCAGAUGGCGCUUAUCUCGUCUCCAGUGACCGCGCUGGCGUCAUUCGGAUCUGGGACUCUGCCACGGGACAGACGAUCUGCGGUCCUUGGCGUGGCGAUGACGAUUGCGUUAACUCCGUCGUUUUCUCGCCGAACGGACGCUGCGUGGCCUCGGGCGGAGAGGAUGGUACAGUUCGCGUUUGGGAUGCGGUCACCGGGGAGGCGAUUCGCGAGCCGUUUCGGGACGAUUGCGUGGUCUCAACCCAACCGCAGUCCGCAUCGUUCUCACCAAACAAGAAUCACGCUCUUGCCAACAUUCAGCUCAUAGUCCCUGGCGCUGAACAGAUGUCACGGUUCCAAAUCGACGAUUCGUUCACGCUGAAGGACGACGGGUGGCUCAUGGGACCUGACGAUCGGCGCCUGAUCUGGAUACCGGUUCAGAAUCGUGACAUAUGGAGACCGCAGAACAGGCGGACCAUCAUAGCUUUGGGUGCGGUGACCACGCUUGAUCUGAGCAACUUUGCUCACGGCGAGAAGUGGGCCGAGUGCUACGAGGAGAGCUCAUCCUGA